CUCGAUCAGCUGCAACUUCAGAUUCAGCUCAUCCUCUUCAUCAACACAGACACGGCUUUGUGUUACCCACCAGUCUCUCCAUCCAUUCCCUCCCCCGUCUUGUAGUCCCUGCCAGGGCAUGAGUGAACAAGAAGAACCCACCAGCUGUGGUGGCAAUAUUUUGGACAAUGAGUUUCUCAAGUCAUUGAAAGGACGAAUUCUUCUCAUGGAGCUGGUUCUGUGCUUUGUGGUAUUUGUCUGCUUUGCUGCCACCCUGUCUGCCUAUUUGGCCGCCCCACUCUUCGAGUUCAUCAUUACCCUCAUCUUCAUCAUCUUAAUUUCCAGUCAAUACAACAAGCGUCUGACAGCCCUCAACUGGCCCUGCAUGGAUUUUUUGCGCUGUGUUUCUGCUGCUGCUAUUUUGUUGGUAGUCUCCAUUGUGGCUAUAUUUCGGAGUUCUGGUUCUGGAGGAGCAAUAACAGCAGCUAUAUUUGGAUUUUUCUUGGUCUGUGUAUUCUGUUAUGAUGCUUUCACCACUUAUAAAGAAGAAAUUCAAGGGCAGAAAACGGAGACAAGAGAUGGUGUAUAGCAGUGACUUAAGAAGACAUGCGAUUGGCAUCCAAAAAGCCUCCAUUACCUUUGACAUUUUAUGAUUAGUUUUGUUGAGUGUGCAUAAUCCUAACACUCCAUUAAACAAGAAUGUCUGGAAUCUCAAUGGAUAACAGUGAUCUGGUGUACCAUAACCAACACUACUCUAAGAAACAAUGUGAAGACCAUAUGGAGGGCUCCUUUUAUUAAAUUAGCAUUUUUUGUCUAAAACAUUUCCCACAUUGUGGUACAUGCAACACUGUGUGAGUGUGUUAAUACGUAACAGCUGCUAUGAGUGUAUGUCUGAUGGCUGUGUGUACCGUGUUUCCUUAAAAU